AAGCUCCUCCGGCCCCCUUACGUGUCUGUGUUUCAGCAGUCUGGCCUGCUGCUGCCUGUGCUGUUUCUUCCGUCGUUUCUGUUCUGGUCUUGGUCUGGUUCUUGCUCAGCACCCUUCUCUGCACACAGCUACCUGUCUCCGAGGAAAGAAGUCUCUCGUUUACACGCCUUCCCUCCACCGCACACAACCAGCCUGGCUUUUGUCCGUCUGCACUCGUUUCGUUGCACUCGCUUUACCUUCUCUCGUUACCUGACCCCGUCGACACUCCCACGGACAAGUCAGCCCCGCUGCUCUAUUUGCUUUCUUCUGCCGUUGAACUUUUCCCCACACCCCAGCCCCCCACUUUGCCUCUGCUACAAUGAAGUUAUCGUCUCUGAUAACGCUGGCCGCCGGUUUCGUUUCUGUCGCAGCCGCACUCCCAGUCAAGCUCCAAAAGAGAAACUCCAGAUGGGACUAUGAGUCGAACGCACUCUACGGUGUCAACAUCGGCGGGUGGUUGGUUCUCGAGCCGUACAUCACCCCCUCGCUCUUCGAGGCGUUUGGCGGCGACGACUCCACCAAGCCCGUCGACGAGUACCACUUCUGCAAGGCGUACGGCCCGGACCAGGCAUCCCAGGUCUUGCAGAACCACUGGUCCACCUUCAUCACCGAGCAGGACUUCGAGGAGAUGGCCUGCUACGGCUUGAACUUUGUCAGAAUCCCCAUCGGCUACUGGGCCUUCCAGACCCUCGAGGGUGAUCCAUACGUCCAGGGCCAGGUCGACUACCUCGACCAGGCGCUAGGCUGGUGCCAGAAGCACAACUUGAAGGCCUGGAUCGACUUGCACGGUGUCCCAGGCUCCCAGAACGGUUUCGACAAUUCUGGCCUCAGAGAUGAAAUCGACUGGCAGACUACCGAGGGCUACGUCCAGGUGACCACGUCCGUAUUGAGUCAAAUUGCCCAGAAGUACUCCGGCGCCGACUACAACGACGUCGUUAUUGGUAUCGAGCUCGUGAACGAGCCUUUGGGACCGGCCCUCAAUGUCGAUGAGUUGGUUGACUACUAUAACGAUGGAUACCAGAUUGUCAGAAACGAAGGUGACGUUCCAGUCAUCAUCCACGAUGCCUUCAUCCAGUUCAACCACUACUGGGAUAACGUCCUUAACACCCAGAUUGACCCAUCUGUUUGGGACGUUAUUCUUGACCACCACCACUACCAAAUCUUCUCCGUUGGCGAGUUGCAAAGAAGUACCGACGACCACGUCUCCUUUGCAUGUAACAUCGGCUGGCAGGAAUCCGGCGAGUAUCAUUCUACUCUCUGUGGCGAAUGGACCGCCGCUCUCACAGAUUGCGCCAAGUGGCUCAAUGGUAUGGCAAGAGGCGCUAGAUAUGACGCAACUUAUGAUAACAGCCAAGCCGUCGGUAGCUGUGAAAAUCUCUAUGUUGCCAACUAUGAUUACUUCACCAACGAGGAAGUCAGAUCCAAAUACAGAAAAUACGUCGAGGCACAAAUGGACGCAUACACUUUUGGAAAGAUGAACGGUUGGGUCUUCUGGUGCUGGAAAACAGAAAACUUGAUCGAGUGGGACUUCAAGCAGUUGGUCUCCUUGAACAUUAUCCCACAACCACUAACGGCAAGAGAGUAUUGGGACCAAUGUGGCUACAUUAAAUAUUGAUCCAAACUUCUCUUUGUUUCUUUUUCUUUUCUAUCUUCCCCGUUGCAACCCUCUGCACUUAUAUACCUUCAAGGGUUCACUUUUAACGUCUUUUUCUACGGUUUUCACCUUUUUUUCUUUGUCACAAUUAUCCAACCACCAAUUCCUGUUUUCUUUACGUAGAUACGAGUGACUGACUUUGCCCGCUCCAAAAUUUGUAUAAUACAUAAAUAAUUAAUUAUUAGAAUAACAAUAAAUUUACUGUCA